AUGUCGCGGAUACAGGGAGAGCGAGUCUUCUGUCAUCAGUGCCAGAAUGAAUGGGACAGAGCGCACGGCGGCCUGAUCUGUCCCAGAUGCGAAGGCGACUUCACUGAGAUCCUUGAACCGGGUGCGCUUCCAUCUACCUAUGACUUCAACCACGAGCCUUCACCGUCAGCCUCUCCCGAACCGCCCUUACCACCCCUUGAACCCCUUCGAGACCAUAACCCAUGGGCUGAUACCACGCGCACCGACGAUGAUGGGAAUUUCACGACCUUUGAGUUCACGAGCAAUGGUGGAAGUGGGAGGAUGAUGUUCAGUACACGGAUGUGGAGCCCUGAUGGCCGUAAUGUACGACUUGAUGACCUGCUUGAUUCCGCUGUUGAAGAUGUAGAGAUGGAGGAGUUGCUUACCCAUUUGGUUGAACAGCAGAAUCGAGGCGGACCCCUUCCAUUCAGCCCACUUGGAUUUCCCGGAGCAGAGGCCGGUCCAGGUCUCCAUGGCCCUCCACCACAUAUGCAGCCAGCAAGCCUCCAGGACCUGUUCUCGCUCAUUCUGCAGUCAAUGCAGCCAGGUAUGAUGCCAGGUCAAGAUCCCGACGACCGCCGAAGACUCGGACAACCUCCCUUGCCAUUCGACCUUCUCCAUCAUAUGUUGAAUCCUGGAAACGCUCGUACCGGCGAUGCGGUCUAUAGCCAGGAAGCCUUCGACCGCAUCAUGACGCAGCUGAUGGAGCAGAACAAUGCCGGCAGCGCUCCUCCGCCAGCUUCGGAAGACGCAAUCCGAUCACUCAAGAAGAAGCGGGUAGAUAGGGAAAUGCUGGGUGACGACGGCAAAGCUGAGUGCUCGAUAUGCAUGGACAAUGUUGAUGUAGGGCAAGAGGUGACAGUUCUUCCUUGCAACCAUUGGUUUCACGGAGAGUGUGUGAUCUCAUGGCUUAAGGAGCAUGAUACGUGCCCGCACUGCCGAAAACCAAUCACGAAUUCCGAAGAAGGACGACGCCCCGAACCCUCGCGACGAAGAAGCCGACGGGCAUCUUCGGUAUCAAGUCCUCGCGCAUACCAACCAGAGGGCAGCCGAUACAACCCAAUUCCCGUUCCAGAAAGCCCCAGCGCGCUCAGGGAUGCAAGACAACAGUACUACGGAAGAAGACGAGACUACGAAUCCCAUCGUCCUGAACAUCACAGACAUUCGAGCAGCCAGAGUGAUCUUAGGAGGCACAGCUCGAGAAGUCAUCAUGGGGGAAAUGGAGGCAGCCGGGGUGGUGGUGGAAACAGUGGGGGUGGAGUAACAGGCUGGAUCAGAGACCAUUUGCCUUUCUCUUGA